GAAAUGUUUCUCAUUGUCCUGCUUCUCUUGCUGUGUUCUACAAUCUUGAUCACCAUUUCAGCCUUCAGUUGGAGGAGCCAUGGCCGGUGGAAAGCCUUCGGAUUCCCACAAGGAGACAUGGGUUGGCCUGUCCUGGGAGAGACCCUCCCUUUUCUCAAGCCCCAUCCAUCAACCUCAAUAGGAGAUUUCAUGGAGCAACGCAUCUCAAAGUAUGGAAAAAUCUUCAUGUCAAAUUUGCUGGGGAAGCUGACAGUAGUCUCAGCAGAUGCUGAACUGAACCGUUUCAUCCUACAAAAUGACUCGAGACUGUUUGAACCAGGCUGGUCUAAAAGCAUUGGUGAGGUCUUGGGGAAACACUCCAUAUUGUUUCAGGUGGGAGAUGCUCAUAAGAAAAUGAGAUCGAUCAACCUCAAUUUCGUCAACAAUGGCAAGCUCAAGACCCCAUUCUUGCGUGAUGCCUAUCGAAUUGCAGCGUUGGUCAUGAGCUUAUGGAAGAAUAAUUCUGUAGUAUUGGGCAAAUAUGAAGCUGCAAAGCUAACCUUUAAUAUGAUGGCCAAGAAUAUCCUGAGUAUGGAGCCUGGAACUCCAGUAACUGAGAAGUUGAGAAAGGAAUAUGAGGCAUUUGCCAAGGGGGUUGUGUCCCUGCCGCUUAAGUUGCCUGGAACUGCAUACAGUAAGGCUCUGAAGGCCAGGUCAUACAUUCUCAAAGUUGUGGGGCAAUGUAUGGAAGAGAGACUUUGUAGGAAGAAGGAUGUGGAGGAAGAAGAUGCUAAGAAUGACUUGCUUCAAUGGACUAUAGAGAAUUCGAACUAUUCGGAAGAACAAAUUGGUGAUCUGAUAUUAGGCGCAUUUUUUAGUGGUUACAACACCACAUCAAAAGCCAUAGCUUUGGCAAUAUACUUCCUUGGAGGCUGCCCCAAAGCAGUUAAGCAUUUACGGGAAGAACAUGUUAGGAUUGUUCGAGGUAAAAGACAAGGUGGAAAUUCUGAACUAAGUUGGGAGGACUACAAGCAAAUGGAGUUCACUCAAUGUGUCAUCAAUGAGACACUAAGACUUGGGAACAUAGUUCCUUAUAUCCAAAGGAAGGCCAGCACACAUAUUAAAUUCAAAGCCUAUGACAUUCCGCAAGGGUGUAAUGUGAUGGCAGUUCUCCCAGCUGUGCAUUUGGAUCCUUCAUUGUUUGAGUUUCCUGAGCAGUUCAAUCCAUGGAGAUGGCAGGCCAUGAUAAUUUUUGAAACCUGCUUGGCGGUAAUAUAUAGAGGGAAGUUGAAGGAACUAAAAGAUGAGAGCAAAGAAAAUAGUAACUACGGCAUGAAAAAGACCAAAAACCUCAUGGCAUUUGGCGGGGGGGCACGCCUCUGCCCAGGAGCUGAGCUUGGGAGGAUGGAGAUGGCAGUUUUUCUUCACCACCUUGUCAUCAACUUUAUCUGGGAGUUGGCAGAACCUGAUCUUCCAAUGGCUUGCCCUUCACUUGACUUCCCCAAAGGUCUGCCUAUUAAAGUCAGGUUACUCUCAAAUGCACAAUUGGCCAUGUAA